UUAGAAUGGCAGCUCCGUUUGUGAUGAAGACUUAUAAGAUGGUGGAUGAUCCGGAGACAGACAUGGUGAUAAGAUGGGGAGUGGAGAACAAUAGUUUUGUGGUUCUUGAUCCGUUUGUCUUUGCAAAGACUUUGUUGCCGGCUCACUUCAAGCACUGUAACUUCUCUAGCUUUGUUCGCCAACUUAAUACUUAUGGAUUUAGAAAGGUAGAUCCAGAUAAGUGGGAAUUCGCUCAUGCAUCAUUCUUGAGAGGCCAAACAUGUCUACUAAGUACCAUUGUUAGGAGAAACAACAGGAAAAAGAAGGAAUCAGACUCUGAUCAUGGUGCUGGUCUAGAUGAUAAUGAAGAAGAUAAGGUGGUCAUGGAGGUGGUCCGGCUUAAAAAGGCCCAACAGGCCACUGAAGAUGAGAUCCAUAAAAUGUGGGACCGUUUGCACGACGCCGAACGCAAGCCCAAACAAAUGUUGGACUUCUUGGCCCGUGUUUUGAAAAACCCGGCCCUUCUUGACCGUCUCAUGGCCCACCGGGCCGGGGAUGAGAUCGAGGAAAAGAGAGUCCGGCUUCGAAUUAAUAAUGAGACUAAUCAUGAUGAUGAUGGAUCUGUGCGAUGUGAUGAUGGAUCUGUGCUAAAUUUGGAUCGGGAUGAUGAUGUGGGCUUUUGUGGUGGGCCUGAGCCCAUGGUGUAUGAUUUUGGUAUGGAGGUUGGAGGUGAGGGUUACCCACUUUCAUUUUGAUGGGGUUUGGUGUGUUUUUAUUUUUAGUUUCAAGGUGGGGACUGUUUGAUGUGUAGUUUUGCAUUGUAUAUAUAUAUAUAUAUAUUUACUUUUACUUUUAAUCU